AUGGACCUUGUCCAUUCGCGCAAUCCACUACAUCUACACUUGAAUGCCGCGUGGAGCCCUAGCCCUAGUUAUCGCUGCCGUUGGCAGACUCACCCCCCACGUGGUUGGAUCGAUGCGGUGGUGAAUACGAUCGGUUUCCCUUUGGUGGGAGGCCCUGCCGGAAGUAUGGAGGCCGGGAGGAGGGUGGACGUGGCAACUAAUCUGCUCUCGACGAAGGACGUGCCGUACGUGGUGGCGGCGCCGCUGCUCAUCCAGGACCUCGUCGGCUGGCGAAGAGACGGCGUUCAGGGAUUGCAGCAGGUGGUGCUCUACUCCCUGCCAGAGCUCGAUGGAGCGAUAGACACGGUUGUGUUGGGGGGGCUUGUCGGCGACACGAUCGGCCUUGUUCCGGAGCGCGUCCGCAAGAUGAACGAUCGCAUCAAGGGGUGGGUCAACCUCCGUCGAACUCCUGCUGGAGACCGGAAGGUGGCCGUCCUCGUGUACGGCUUUCCACCAAACGUAGGGGCGGUUGGGACAGCGGCCUUGCUGAACGUGCCCGCAUCACUGGAGAAAGUGCUGAAGGCGAUGAAGGCAAAGGGCUACGACCUUGGCGAGGCCGGUGACAACAUCGACGGCGAGGCUCUCGUGAUUUCUCAGGACUCGGUAGUAGCCAAGGGCUUCGACAACCUCCAGAAGGCGGUCGACCACGCCGGGUCUCUGGGGGACGACAACUCCUACCGCAUCGCUAACCCGACGGGCCUGGGCGGUGCUUCGGUGGCGGGACAGGGGGUACCGGCCAUCGACCUCGACCAAUUAUUGAGCAAGAGCAUGACGCAGAAAAUCGAGGUCAACUGGGGAGAGAUGUCCAGAUAUCGCGGGGUUAGCACGAGCGGAAAGGGAGAUUUGGUGGUCGGAGGUCUCCAGCUAGGCAACGUCUUCAUCGGGGUGCAGCCGCUGCUCGGGCUCGAGGGGGACCCGAUGCGGCUGAUGUUUGAGAGGGAUUUGACCCCUCACCCCCAAUACGCGGCGUUCUACGAGUGGCUCAGGGGGGAAAAGGGCUUCGGCGCCCAGGCCGUCGUCCACCUGGGCAUGCACGGUACGGUGGAAUGGCUCCCGGGCUCACCCUUAGGCAACACGCGUGGCACAUGGCCUGACGCUCUCCUUGGGGACAUGCCGAACGCGUACGUCUACGCCGCCAACAACCCGAGCGAGAGCAUCCUCGCGAAGCGCAGGGGGUACGGGACUAUCAUCAGCCACAACGUGCCCCCUUACUCACGAGCGGGCCUGUACAAGCAGCUGGCCACCCUCAAGGACCUCCUGCGCGAGUUCAGGGAGGAUCCGGUCAAGAACGCAUCUCUCAGGCCCGUGAUUGCGGCGACCAUGCAGCAGGCCGGGUUGUACGAGGAUUUGCCUUUCCCCGGUAAUGGCGGAGAAGGAGGGGAAGGGGGCGUUCUGACGGCUGAGGCUGCGGAGGAGUUGCCGGCCGAAGGAGAGGACGCGGAGGUAUUCGUGGAGUACGCGCGCGAGCUGUCGGAGUACCUCCAGACUCUGGAGCAGAGGCUGUUCAGCGAGGGUCUGCACACCCUCGGACACGCGCCUACCGCUGCUGAAACGGAGCAAUACUUGGCGGCGUACUUCGGCGAUGACCUUCCGCCGGACGUUAUCCAUGCCGUCUCGCACUUGCCACCCGGAGCCAGCGCACAGUCUGCCGCUGCCGCCGUUCGAGCCCUAGACCCACGAUACGCGGGGGUUACAGCUGUGGACAGUGGGAAGGUCGACGUCCUCACUAGGCUCGAGAAACCGGCCGACUUGGAGGGGGGUGGCAAGGGCAAGAACGAUCGGCGGGAGGAGGAAAUAGCGCACGAACAGCUGCUGUUUGGGAUGGAGUACUUCCGGUGGGGGUGGCUGCGGUUCCUCCGCCAGCUCGGGAACAAGCAGGCUGCGGACGACAUCAACAAGGAGCUCGAUGCGAUGAACGAAAUCGGACGGGAUCAACAGGGGAUGGCCGUCUCGUCAUCGCCACCGCCGCCGCCAGGGGAAAAUCCCGCAAGCGUGUCGGCUGCUGAGGCGGCGGAAAGCGAAGUGAUCGCGGGGGAGGGCGGUGUGUUUGGGCUCAGCCGUCGAGUGGCGGAAGCGUUGGACAUCAAGGGGCUGCUGGAGCAGAACACCGACGAAGUUGAUAACCUGUUGAGGGCGCUGGAGGGGUCGUACAUCAAGCCGGGAGUCGGGGGUGACCUCCUUCGGGAUGGCGCGGGCGUUCUCCCCACCGGUCGAAACAUGCACGCUUUGGAUCCGUACCGCAUGCCGUCGCCAGCGGCGUGGAUUCGCGGAUCGGAAGCGGCGAGGCUCAUCCUGGAGGCGCACGUGGCAGACACGGGAGACUUCCCCGAAACGGUCGCGGUGAUGAUGUGGGGGCUCGAUGCGAUCAAGACUCGAGGAGAGAGCGUAGCCAUAGCGCUGGCACUUGUCGGCGCGAGGCCGGUCAAGGAGGCCACGGGUCGCGUUGUCAAGUAUGAGCUGGUGCCUCUAUCCGAACUGAAGCGGCCUCGAAUCGACGUCCUCGCGAGCUUGUCCGGGAUAUUCAGAGACAGCUUCGCUAACGUCGUUGAUCUCCUGGAUGACCUCUUUGAGACCGCGGCGGCCGCGGACGAGCCGAUCGAGAUGAACUUUAUCCGCAAGCACGCGCUGGAGCUGUCCGCCCAGGGGGUAGAGCGACCCGCGGCCAGACUGUUCAGCAAUCCUGCCGGAGACUUCGGGUCAAUGGUCAACGAGAGGGUUGGGACCGGAGACUGGGAGGACGGCGAUGCCCUUGGCCAGACGUGGCAAGAUCGAAACGCCUUCUCCUACGGCAGAGGCGGGGAGCGGGGACAGGCGCGACCUGAGGUUUUACAGAGCCUGCUGGGAAGCACGGAACGCAUCGUCCAAGAGAUCGACUCGGUGGAGUACGGGCUCACGGACAUCCAGGAGUACUACGCUAAUACGGGUGCGCUCAAGAAGGCCGCGGAGAGCCGGCAAGCCAAGGACGCCGACCCUGAUGGGCAGCAGCUGGCGAAGAGAGUGGGCGUGAGUGUCGUGGAGGCCUACGGGAAGGAGGUUGCCCCCAGGGAGCUGGAGGCUACGCUGAGGAUCGAGUACCGGAGCAAGCUCCUGAAUCCUAAGUGGGCGGAGGCUAUGUCCAACCAGGGCAGCGGAGGGGCGUACGAAAUUUCUCAGCGAAUGACUGCUCUGAUUGGCUGGUCGGGAACCAGCGGGUUCACGGAUGAGUGGGUCUACGACGGCGCGGCUGACACGUAUGCCCUCGACGACGACAUGGCGGCAAAGCUAAGGAAGGCCAACCCGGAAGCUUACCAGAACAUCCUCAAGCGCAUGCUGGAGGCGAAGGGGAGGGGCUUCUGGUCGCCAGAGGACGACGUAUUGCAGCGCAUCCAGCAGCAGUACGCGGACGUCGAAGAUGACAUCGAGCUCGGAACAGGAGGGUUCCUCGACAUGCAAGGCCAGCAACAAUCGGACGCGAACUGACAUGCAAGGCCACGCAAGCAGUGGAAUUCCCACAACGUGCAUGACUACCCAACCCCCACCGCGCGCGCCGCCCCGGUUAUUGUAGCCAGGCAUGCCGCUAGACGCCGCUAUUCAACCGCCUGUCAUGGUGACGAGUUACUGCAUUGGUUCCCUGAUGUUUUUUGUCGUUGUAAGUUGCUGUGCUCUGAUUGGGCCGUGGUGGAUGGGGUUGUGGGGGGUGGGUUGUGCAUCGCAUGCCCACCACCGUCGCACAUCCUUGACCCUUACGCUUACCGUUACAGUAUUAUAGCUGAUUUUCGAGGUAACGUCGAUCCUGGCCAGCCGUUUGUAUGUAUUAAGAGUUUUGAAUUGCGGUGAAGCUGGGUACAUGUUGGCGGCACGAGGCGGUUAACCCUAAGCGUACGUCAUCCUUGUUUUGCGUGUUGAUUUCGAUCGAGUCACCUAGCGCCCACGCCUAGGGUGAAAGCGCUGCGUUUCGGGCCUGCGCUGGGUGCAGAGGAGUGAAUCAAGUCGAAAUUGUGGCGUGUGUGUGUGUUGCAGCGAUUCUCUUCACUUGCGUGUUGCGCUUGCUCGUGGCACCACUUAGUGUGUGCUUUCUAGAGUACGAGAACCAGGCGGGCUUGCUUUAUUUGCGAACCAGGCAGCAGCAACCGUUUACACUUGUUCUUCUCGGUGGCAUGGGAGAUAUGGGAGAUAUGGGAGAUGUGUGUGUAUGGUUCACAGAAAAUAUAUGUGUACGUUAAGAGAUGUAAGAGAAUUCCUGCUGUAAAACAGUGAACAACACGUCGCCAGAAGUGAUGCGCUGCGGCCCAGGAUAUGCGUGCCACGGAUCUGUUGUGUGAAGUUAUCUGCGGGGUAUGGUAAGCAUGUGAUUUCUUUUUUGUUGGGGGCUCUCCUCUUUUUCCGGUGUAUGGUCUGGUUCCUUACUAUGUCAUAUGCAUUGGAUUGUGUACCCUUUGU